AUGAGUUUUGAUGGAUUCUCCACCCACUCAUCGUCAUCAUCUCAUGUCUCUUCCUCAUUUCAUGACUUCUCUCUAAGUGAACACUCUUUUGACCAGCGGACAUCACUUAUCUCGAACUCUUCGCACCCAUCUGUAAAGACAGAACAGCCGAGCCCUUCGCAAGAUUGGGCUCCAACCAAUUUUUCUCCCUAUGAAGCUCCCACUUUAUACAGUCCAUCCCUUGGACCGCCAGUAUCAGAAAAUGAGAAAACAUUCUCAUAUCGUCGCUACUUGAAGGAGCCUACAUAUUUCGCUGAACAAGCAGUUUUUCCCACACCUUCUUCAGCAUACCAAGGACAUACCACAUUUUCGGAUCUCAGUUUGAGUCACAGCCACAACGAAAGUACCUCACCACAACCAACUGGAUUGUUACUACCAGCCGAAGGCAAAGCGCUUUUGAUGUGCAAAGUCUGUGGUGACAAAGCCAGUGGAUAUCACUAUGGUGUAACUUCUUGUGAAGGUUGCAAGGGAUUCUUCCGAAGAAGCAUCCAAAAACGAAUGGAAUAUCGUUGCUUGAGAGAUGGAGAUUGUUCAAUUUUCAAGCAGAAUAGAAAUCGAUGUCAAGCUUGCAGAUUCAAGAAAUGUGUUGUUGUUGGAAUGUCAAGAGAGUCAGUGCGCUUUGGAAGGGUGUCAAAGCGACCACCGAAAGAAGCGUCAGACGUGGACACAUCAGAUCCAGAUGACAAACAUGAGGUUACCUCUACGACUUCUCCAGAGCCUUCGAAGGUAGAGAUCAGUAAGCUUAUACGAUCAAUCUAUGAAGCGCAUGAGGAGUUCUCAGCAAUGACAAUUAAGAGGCUACGAAGCUUGCCCGAACACCGUAUAGAUUUUAUUGUACCCGAAACACCAUCGUUGUCAGACCAGUUGCAUGCUUGGGAGAUCUACACAGAAAGAGUUACGCCAGACAUCCACAAAACAGUCGAAUUUGCAAAGCGGGUUCCGGGAUUCCCGUCGCUACAUUCGGGUGAUCAGCAAGCACUGAUUAAGUCAUCAUUCUUCCGUGUCUUCUUGAUGAGAACGUAUCGAGGCUUUUCUUCGCAAGGUCUUCUCUUGGCCGACGGAACCCUAUUCCCAACCGGAUUUCUACAGAUAAUUUUCGGACAGUUUCUUGGCGAGUUGCGUUCCUUCGCCCACUCGGUCGAAAGUCUGAACCUCAGCGAUGAGAUAAUUGCAAUUUUUGCGGCCAUUCUUCUCACAACUACAGAAAAUAUCUACUAUCAUUCGAAAAUAGAAGUGAAUCGUAUACAAGACAGACUUGUUUGCGCUUUAAAAACAAAAUUGGAGGAAUCCGCGGAUAUCGUAGUUUUCGACCUUCUCAUGUCCAAAAUCAGCCAACUCAGAGAGCUAGCAGCACACCACGACAAAAUUCACGAUGUUCUCCGGUAUAAUCUGAAUGUCGUCAAGAUUCCAGCACUCUAUUCAGAGAUUUACUAUUUGGAGCACCGAUGCGAUCCUCUCACUGUUCGUACUUCCGAAAAUGUGUAUUAA